AUGAAAAAAUAUUUAUCAAGUAAUUUAUAUGCUAAAUUUUUAAAAGAAGAAGUCAAAUCUGCAAUAAAAUUAGCAUUUAAAAAUACUGCUUUGAUACCGAUUUUUCAAGAUGACCAAGAUAACAAACAUCGAACAAAAGUUGUGAUGAAUACUAUUGAAUCUUUAUUUGACGAAUGUAUUGAUCCUGAAAUUGUUGAUGCAAAAUUUACUGAUAUUUGGACAAUUGAGACAGUUUGGGGUGCAAUUAAAGAAAAACUGAGAGGAGAAAGGACUGAAAACGAAUGA